AUGACUAAGUGUUGCUCCGAGGGAGGUACAAAAACCGGGGGGUCCCAAAAGGAAGAGUUCUCGACCAAGGCCGCUUUCGCCGCAGCCUUCGCCCGCUCACAAUCGAUCCACACUCAUCCCGAGUGCUCCUUCGUGAUCGGCGCCCUUCGGCACCUCGAGGACGGGGUUAGCGGUGCACUUCCUGCGCCUCUUCCUGUUCGCCGCUCAUUUGUCAACACUGAGGAAGAAUAA